AUCCACACCAAGUUGCGAUAUCUAAAUAGUGCCCACCCACGAGUUAGUUAGCAGAGCUAGAGCUAGCUAGCUAGAGCUAGACCUAGACAUGGCUGAUGAAGAAGACGAUACUAAUAAUUGGCAAGAUUUGCUAAGAGAUCACUCCCUCUUUCAUUAUCUCCAAUUUUCACCGGCUGAGGCAGAAAGAAAGAAGAAUGUAAUGUGUGAGAUAAGAGGAGAUCUGUUUGUCUGGAGCAGCAGAGACAGUGUUCUGCUAACAACCAACCUGAAGAGAAUGGUCGCAUAUCCAACAAAAUUUCCCAUUUAUCAAAUGCUGAUGUGCACGCAUGAUCCAGAGAGUACAGUGGCUCGUCUCCUUCCCAACCCCUCGGGAAAAUAUAUUGCACUUCAGUGUGAGCUUGGUGUGAGUAUUGUGACCCUGCCCUGGCAUCGUGGCCUGCAAGGAGAAUUCGGAGGAGGAACUAAUAAAGUCUUAUGCACGACGGUUCCAAUUGCUCGAGAUUUCUUCAUAAUCCAUCAAGACUCACCUCUGCUCCAGGUCAGCUGGCACCCAACCAAGCCGUUUCAUUUGGUACUACUUACAAGAAAGGACAGCACACUGCAUCUCUAUAGUUUGGCCAAUCCCGAUGUGGAGGAGUGGUCUCUCUCUCUGCCCAACUCACCCUCUGCUGGCCUGAGCAUGAAGGACCCGGUGGUAGCCUUUGGAUUAUGGAAAGAUUUUACGUUUCUGGUACAAGAAGAUAGUAACGUCACCCUCACACCCCUCACACCUUACACACCCCCACCACCUCCACUCCUCAUGCAACCACAAAUGGACGAUGAUUGUGACAAUGAAGCGGUCGCCAUGCUCGUUUUGCAGAGCAACCCUUGUGUGGUUGUUUUAGCGACCACAAGUGGACUGCUGACACACUGUGUGUACUUAUUGGAUGACAAAGAUUUGUCCGAUGAGCCUGGACAUUCGAAAGAAUGCCUAUACGUAGUGGAUUCCAUCUCCUUUGACACUGAAGAUAGUGAAGUAUUUCCCUCAUCACUUAUCCAUGACCCUCUGUACCCUCAUAUCUACUAUGUGGUUCACUCUGAGGGAAUUCACCAGGUGACCUUACCAUGGCUACUGGAUAUGGAGAACUACAAUUCUCCUGAGACUACUUCUCUAACCACCUUGAAGGAGAAAGAGGCUCAAGUGACCCUGCUGAUUCAGACUGAGCCAGGCAUAAACUGGCCUGAAGGAGCGGUGGUUGUGUCUGAACCAAUGCUGGGACUCACACUCAUUGCCCUCACUUCUGACUGGGACUGCAUUGUCCAACCUCUAAGAAGGUCUGAGUCUGCUCCACCUGUCACCGAGUGUCUGCACUCCCCACGCCGGCUGGUUUAUGAGAGCCAACCAACAGGGGGUGGGUUUAUGGAAGUCAUCAGGAAGAUCUUGGGACCAGGCACCUUUCAGCGAGUCUCCUCUGACAGACCUGCCAGCCAGGCUGAAUGCUACAAAUUUCUUUCUUCUGAAAUCAAAAGACUGAAGCAGAAUCACAUACUCAGCCAAAAAAAAGCCAAGGAGAAAAUAGUUCAAAAGAUAUCUACACUUAAAAUUCAAAAACAGUUUUUAAUUUCCGAACGGUCAUCCCUUGAAGACGAAAUGGAGGAAAUAGCUGCUAUGAACGAAACACUGAGCACGAGAGUUGCAUAUGUCAAAGAGAAUUGUGUGUCGCUGGAGAAACGAGUGAUGUCUUUGCUGUGCAGACAGGCGGUUGAGUCACCAGGGCUCUCCCAGGCAGAGGAGUGGAUGAGGGACGAGCUGGAAGGAUUCAACUCACACAUGCACAUUAUGCAGCAGAAGAUCUGUGAGGGAAGGAGAAAGUUUGAGGUUUGUUGUGGUGCUGGAAACACGCCCAAAGUUUCAGUAAGUGGAAAUCAGUCAAAGACAAUUCUCCAUGCUCUCCAUGAAAGUGGAAAGUCUAUAAAGAAUAUCAUGGAGCAAGUUCAAGGACUCAAAGAAGUAGCUCUUGGACCUACAGGCAGUUAGCUGUUAGUAUGCACUGUUGAAUUUUGCACUAUACCCCCAUCAUGCUUCAUAUCGUGUAAAUUAUAGCCUCGAGGCUACAUGUGA